GUACUGCAAGGUCUUCCUUAUGUGGCAGUUUUCCUGGAUGACAUCUUGGUGACCGGUCGCAAUGAUGAGGAGCAUCUCCAAACGCUGGCCAGGGUAUUGGAAAGGUUGCAGGAAGCAGGACUGCGUUUGAAACAGAGUAAAUGUACUUUCAUGGAAAAAGAGGUGCAGUUCUUUCGCAUAAGAUGCCAGAUGGUAGUGAAAGACCCAUUGGAUUUAUGUCACGGACAUUGAAUCAAGCUGAGCGGAAUUAUUCGCAGUUGGACAAGGAAGGAUUGGCUGUAAUGUUCAGCUUACAACACUUCCAUAAGUAUUUGAUCCAGCGAUGGGCUGUGACAUUAAGAGCAUAUGAAUACAACAUAAUCUACAAACCUGGCAAGGAUCAUGCAAAUGCAGAUGCUCUAAGUCGGUUACCCUUGCCAACAGAAUCUGUCCCUGAACAGGAGGAAAGAGUACUAAUGCUGGAGAAUGCAGACAUAACCUUGAUUACAGCAGAACAGGUGAGAAGUUGGACACAAAAAGAUCCGGUAUUAUCCAGAGUGAGAGAAAUGGUGCAACGAGGAUUCCUGCAGGAAUUAAUAGGAGCAGAGUUUGACCCAUUCACAUCAAGAAAAGAUGAAUUAAGUGUACAGGAUGGUUGUGUGCUUUGGGGGGCUCGCGUAAUCAUUCCCAGUGUGGGUAGAUCAGAGGUCCUGAACCAGCUGCAUCAGUGUCACCCCGGAGUGUCUAGAAUGAAAUCGUUAGCCCGAAGUUAUGUGUGGUGGCCCAAAUUGGACCAGGAUGUGGAAAGGUUAGUUAAAACAUGUCGUAUUUGUCAAGAACACAGAAACGUUCCCGCUGUAGCUCCACUGCAUCCUUGGAAUUGGCCAGAAAAACCAUGGCAAAGAUUGCAUGUGGAUUAUGCAGGACCCUUCAUGGGAAAAAUGUUCUUGGUCUUGAUUGAUGCACAUUCAAAAUGGAUGGAUGUGUAUCCUGUGAACUCAGCUACAUCUGCUGCAACCAUUGAAUGUUUGCGUACUAGCUUCAGUAACCAUGGACUACCUGAACUGAUUGUAUCAGAUAAUGCUACUUGUUUUGUUAGUGCUGAAUUCAAAGAGUUCCUGAAAAAAAAUGGAGUACGACAUGUUACUUCUGUACCCUAUCAUGCUUCCAGUAAUGGGUUGGUAGAACGGGCUGUACAAAUUGUUAAAGGCAUGUUAAAAAAAUGUGUUGAAGGAACAAUUGCAACUAAAUUGGCUCGAGUGUUAUUCAGUUACAGGAUUACUCCUCAGACCACCACAGGACUCUCUCCAGCUGAACUGUUGCAUGGACGGAAAUUGCGAUGUUCUUUGGACUUUAUACAUCCUGAUUUAACUGGAAAGAUUCAGGAACAACAACAAAAGCAAAAAGUCCAUCAUGACAAAAAGGCCCAUGAAUGUAGCUUUGGUGUUGGAGAUCCAGUACUUGUUCGGAAUUUUACUUAUGGACCGAAAUGGAUUCCGGGGCAUAUUGAGACUGUGACUGGACCACUUUCUUAUAAGGUGAUGCUGGGUGAUGGGAGAGUGGUCCGAAGACAUGUAGAUCAAAUUCAUGCCCUACAAAAAUUGCUUCCAGAGGAGGUUAUGGACUGUAAAUAUCCUGAUUUGGACUUCUCUGAUAAUUCGGCUCCUGUAGUGGCUAAAGAGACUGAUGAAACAGAGACUGAGGACAUUUCUAGUGAGACUAAUCCCCUUGAAUUAAUUGGGGGUUCUGCUCAACCUGGUGAGAUAACCACUGAAUCACUGACCAAAUCCUUAAGCCCUGUUGUGAGACGGUCACAGAGAACCAGAAAAUUGCCUGGUCAUUUAAAAGAUUAUUAUCUGAAGUAAAAAAAAAAAAAAUUGUAACAUGAUUGUUGAAUGAAUUUUAUUGUAUUGUGAUUUAUGAAGAAAUAUUGAAAACUUGGGGGGAAGGGAGAUGUUAUAGACUGAGCUAUGGUUUAUUGACCUGUAGGGGGCAAUCUAUUGCCGGUUGACUUGGCUUAAAUACAGCAAAGAAGAAGAUGUUAGUUGUAGAUUUAAUCCACCUGUGAUCCUGUGACAUGAGUAUGGGUAUGUGUAUUGUUUGCUGCUGGUUCCUCCUGAGUAAAUUUCCUCAUCUUGACCAGAUCUGUCUCUCUCA